GAUAGUGUUGGUUGCCAUGUGAGAAGUUUAGUUUUUGGUAAUUUCUAAUAGUUUAAAUAAGGUUUAAAGUGUCCGAGCAGACAUGCACGAGCGGUCGCUACCCGCCUCCCCUAAUUGGUACUGCUCGCGCUGCAGUGACGUCAGCAGCACAGGGGUGCUGGGUGUCGGAGCCAAAAACAUCAUCUACUUGGUGGAGGUGUGUGCGUCCUCAUGCAGAGUGUCAGGUGAGCUCGUCGGCCAUAAAGGUUUAGUGUCGGGCUUUUCGUUCUGUCAGCACGCCGGCCAGAACCACCUCUGUGUCAGCUCCUCCAACGAUGGCAACGUUCGCUUCUGGGACUCGGACAGCAAGACUCUCAUUAGAGAGCACACAGCUCAUCAGAGCCCGGUCUCGGCCGUGCACUGGUCCCCGCUGGAUAAGAACCUGGUGGUGUCUGGAGAUGAGAAGGGCGUGGUGGUUUGUCACUGGUACAACACGGGAGACACCAGCAGCUUCUUCCCAGAGCCCAGGACCAUCUUCUGCCUCACCUGCUCCCCUCACACCUGGAGCUGCGUGGCUGUGGGGUACAAAGAUGGGAUGAUCGUGCUGAUUGACGUGAGUAAGAAAGGCGAGGUGUUGCACCGUCUCCGUGGACACGAUGAUGAAAUACACUCGCUGGCUUGGUCGCCGCUGGCCAAUGAGGUCGCUCUCUUCAGCAGACCUGAGGACAGUGAAGUAACCAAUGGCAUAGCAACAGGAGAGGAGAGGGGCUGCUAUCUGGCUUCUGGGAGCAAAGACCAGACGGUGAGGGUCUGGAGCACAGCGAAGGGCAAAGCUGUGAUGACCAUGAAGCUGCCGUAUCUGAAGAAGAGAGGCUCUGCCGUCGACCCCGGGGUCAAAGAGAGACUCUGGCUCCACGUCCACUGGCCUAAGGGACGGCCGACGCAGCUCGUGUCCAGCUGCUUCAGUGGUGAGUUAGUACUUUGGGACUUGACUAAGACGGGGAAGCACCGCUGGUCUCUGUUCGGCUCGUCUUCGGAGGGUCAGAACCACAACAGGAUCGUCUUCAACAUGAGUUCAGUUCAGCUGCAGGACGGCAGAGAGCUGCUCAUCAGCACCUCUAUGGACCGAGAGGUGAAAUGUUGGGACUUGUCGUCUCUGGACUGCUGCUGGACUCUUCCCACUCUGGGCGGUUUCGUCUACGCUCUGACCUUCUCCCCCGUGGGCGCCGGGUGUUUGGCGCUGGGCGUCGGUGACAACAUGAUCCGGGUGUGGAACACGUUGACCACACAGAACCAGUACGACACCAGAACCUUCUGGCAAGGCAUCAAAUCCAAAGUCACUGCGCUAGCGUGGCAUCCUAAAAGAGAAGGAUCGCUGGCUUUUGGAACAGAUGAUGGGAAAGUCGGCAUCUAUGAAGUCUUCUCAAAUAAACCUCCGCAGAUAUCGAGCUCCUAUCACAGAAAAACCGUGUACACGCUGGCUUGGGGACCUCCAGUCCCACCGAUGUCAUUUGGUGCAGCGGGAGGAAAGUCGUCCCACAGCUUGUAUAGCUGCGCUGGUGAAGGCGUCAUCCUGCAGCACGAUCCAUCUAACCUGAGCGGAGAGGCGUCAGAUAUCGACACACUGAUCAAAGACACCAACAACAUCAAGCACAAACUGUCUCCACAUACCGACCUCAGAUGGAAGCCAGAUGGGAAAGUGGUCGCCAUCGGCAACGAGGACGGGUGCAUUGAUGUAUACGAGGCUCCCAGUCUGAGGCUGCUGUGCAGCAUCCAGCAGCAUCACAAGAUCAUCAACACGCUCCGCUGGCAUCACGACCACAGCGCUGCCUCAGAGCUGCACUUCCUCCUGGCUUCAGGCUCCAGCAACGCCAUCGUCUACGUACACGACCUCCGCUCAGUCAUAGAGAAUCCUCCGGAGAGCCCUGCGGUGUUGACGGAGCCGUACCGCCGGCUGUGUGGUCACACAAAUAAAAUCACCAGCAUGGCUUGGAGUCCGCACCACGACGCCCGGCUGGUCACCGUCUCGUACGACGGCACAGCGCAGGUGUGGGACGUUCUGCAGGAGGAAGCUGUCUCUAACUAUCGGGGUCACGUCGGUUACCUUUUAUCUGUCGACUGGUCGCCCGUCGACCCCGAUGUGAUCUGGACCGGAGGAAAAGACUUCACCCUGCAGGAGUGGAGAGUCUCCAAGCAGGAGUUCACUAAACCGCCUAAAGGGAAAAAGACGGUGGACUUGUUGGAGAAGGUGAAGGCCAACCCCAAACUGAAGAGGAAGAACAAGAAGUCAUCGGGGGCAUCGGGGGCCGCCGGAGCGACGCCUCCUCCGCCAGAGAUGAACGGAGAGUCUGUUAGAGGAGGAGAGAAGACAGGACAGGAGCCGUCUGAUGAAGACGAGAAAGAUGAAGUCAGCUCCACUAACAGCUCCAUACCUCCAUCAGCUGCUCUCGAGCCGUACAGACGACCGGCCGCUGCAGUAAAGAGCAAAGACAAAGCAGACUUGCUGAAGAGGAAGAAGCCUCGCUCCAUGCUGCCUGUCAGUACUUCCAUGGAUCAUCGCCCCAAAGAUGAGCUGCUGCAGGACUGCAUCACUCUGGCCUCCGUCAAACACAGCGAAGCGCCCCCUGCAGGUUGUGUCCCAGGUCAGGGAGAGCACAUCCAUCUGGGUCUCUUCACUGACCGACAGGCUCUGCAUCGCAUGUUUGAAGCAGAAGAGGAGAGUCACGUGGAGGCGGGUCACUUUGAGACCGUGGUGUACCUGCGGCUGUGGAGCGGUGACCUGGAGGGGGCGCUGCAGCUCGCUACGGAGAAAGGAGAGCUGAAUGAUCACCUGAUCUCCAUCGCUCCCAUGGCUGGGUUUGAGGUGUGGAGUCGGACGGUGGAGGCGUACGUGAAGCAGCUGUGUCUGCAGGAGCAGUACCUGAAGGCAUCGUCUCACCUGCUGUCAAUCAACAGGCUGUACGAGGCCGUCGACCUGCUGCGCUCACACAAGCUCUACAGGGAGGCCAUCGCUCUGGUCAAAGCUCGGCUGCCGGAGGACGAGCCGGUCCUGAAGGAGCUUUACACCGUCUGGGCCUCGGCGCUGGAGAGAGACGGACAUUUCUCUGCUGCUGCUAAAUGCUACGUGGCUGCCGGCGCUAGCUUCGACGCAGCCAAAGUCAUCGCCCGGAAGAACGACGUUUCCUCGCUGAGGACGGCGGCCAUCUUGGCGAGGAUCUCCGGGGAAACGGCUCUGGCUCAGUCGCUGGCGCUGCGCUGUGCUAAAGAUCUGGCUGCUGCUCAGGACUGGGUCCCAGCUCAGGAGGUGCUGAGCUCCCAGGACAGUCUGCUGGUCCACAGGCUUCACCUCUGUGUGGCGGAGCUGCUUUCUGCUGUUCUGGCUCCAGUCGUUCCUCAGUCCUGCGUCUCCAGUCACGCCUGGACGAGGACGAUGACGACGACGACAUCACCGCCGGGCGAGCGACGCGUCCGCCUGCAGGACCGAGUGAGAGGAGUGUGGAAGCAGCAGUUUGGUGUUUCUCAGGACUCGGCAGGUCAUCGUAGCGUCAGAGCUUUGCUGCAGGAGCUGAAGUCUGCAGAGAGUCCGACGCCCACCGCCAGCGUUCCUCUCAGACAGGUGCUGAUGUAUUCAUCCCUCCAUCUGACCCGCUCUGUGUUGAGUUGGUUAUCAGAUGAUGAUGAUGAUGAUGAGCAGGUGAUGAAGGAGUUGUGGCGUUCGGUGUCUUGGUUCAGAGACUCAGGAAACUUCAGUGUGUCAGCAGAGAUCUGCAGGAUGCUUUUCCCUGAAGGUGACGUCGGCGUUUGUUCCAGGAAACAACACAUAGAAGGAGAAGAAGAAGAAAAAGAAGGAGGAGAAAAAGAAAAAGGAGAAGAAGAAGCUGCAGCUGACAGUCUGCAGGCGUUCGUCCUCCAGCAUCGCCUCUAUGAGCGCUGGUGGAGCCUCUCAGCCGACACACAGCGAGUCCCGAAUGGAGACGAAGCGAAGAAGGAGGACGAAGCUGUGAACGGAGCAUCAUCAUCAUCAUCAUCAUCGGGACGCAGCGUCGAUGAUAAACUGGACUUUGACGCGUCGCCGCUUCUGUCGGAGCGUCACGCCGCCUGUCAGGCUGCUCAGAGAUCAGUGAGAGAGAUCCAGGAGCGUCUGUCCUCCAUGGUGCUGCAGCACAGCAGCAGAGCUCAGGGAGAACAGCUGGAUGCAGAUGUUUCCUCCUCUUCCUCUUCCUCCGUCACCGCAGCAGAGAGCCGGGAGACAUCUGAGGCCGGAGAGAGGCCUGCAGAGACUCUGCUCUCAUUGUCUGUGAAGAUGUCCGAGUAUCAGAAACAUCUGGCCGACUUCCCCCAGAUGAUAAAGAUGUUUCCUCACCCAGAUGUUGUUGAAUGCUGUCUGGUCGUCCUUCACCUCAGCAAAUCUUCCUCGUCUGUCUCCGAGUCGAUGCGGCACGAAGCCAAAAGUCUGCUCCAAAAAUACGGAACGAGCCCCUCCGUCCUGAAAGCGUCGCAGUCAUUCCUCACUGAACCCGAACCCGAACCUGUAACUGUCACUCAGUAGACUGAGAGGAGCAGAAAGAAGCACUUCCACUGACUGUACAGCCUUUUUUUGUUUGU